UCUGCCUGUUAUCUGGAUACUUGUUGCUUCCUCUUUGUUACAACUGUAAUAGGCAAAUAAAAGACAAAUGAUGUGAACCAAGGAGUCAUUGUGUAGAGGAGCGGAGAGCAGACGGGCUGACAGGCAAAUAAAAGACAAAUGAUGUGAACCAAGGAGUCAUUGUGUAGAGGAGCGGAGAGCAGACGGGCUGACAGAUUAUGAACGGAAACAGGAAGCUGUCCUCCGCGGCUCCUCGCCCUUUAUACCAAUAUGAAAAUGACCUGGUAGAGGAAAAUGAGGAUGAUGACCUGUAUGAGCCUCCACCGUCUGAUUUGCAGAGUAGAACCUUGCCAUGUGUAUGGACGGCACAGGAGAAUCACAGUACAUAUUUAGGUCCUCCUCAUCCUCUGCAAAAAUCCUCUGCAAAAACUGCUCCUCCUCAUCCUCUGCAAAAACCUCCAAUACCAGAAUGGAACCAGCAGGGUCACCGUCAGCAGAAACCUUUACCAAAGCAAACAAGACCAGCUCCACCGGCAAAGCGUGGUCCCCCUCUGCCUCCUCCUGACCGCAGGAUGUCCCUUCCCUGUACGGUCAUGCGUUCACCACCAAAUUGCAACAACAAUUUUCCACAAGGAAAGGAUGAUAUGUACUUAACAAUAUUGGAGACACAGCAGGUCAACAUGCACAAUGAUGUUGCUACAGGAGGUGACGGAAAAAAUCGACAGCGGACAGAGGAUCUGGGAGUGUUGGGCAGACCUUGGUACGGGGGCGAGAUGGAGCGGAGAGAAACAGAGCGAGCUCUUCGCAGGAUUAAUAAGGAUGGCUGCUACUUGGUGCGCUUGAGCUCUUCACAAAACCAGACGCAGCCAUAUACCCUGGCUGUUCUCUACAAUGACCACAUUUACAAUAUUCCCAUAAGAGCUGUGGCCAACCAUGGGUUUUCACUGGGAAAGGAAGGGAAACGGCAUGAGGAGGUGUUCCCCAGCGUUGUUCACUUGAUUGAGCAUUACCAGCAUGAACCACUCAACCUGGUGAAUCGGCAGACAUCCGAGAGAGAGUGCACCGCCCUGCUAUACCCUGCUGUCCUAUGAGGAACCCUGUUGCCACUUUGUACCAUCUCUUCUCUAUGUCCAAAAGUGCCUGUGUUCUAGAACUAAUGCAAAAUAGAAAAAUAAGAAACUUCACAUAACCAUACAUCCCACACUAAUCCAGGCUAUUGGUUAAACACUGCGCUAAAAACACACUGACAGGUAAAUUGAAUAUCCUAUAAUAAUUGACCCCACUGAGUGAUUAUAUUGUGAGACUAAUGGGGAACAGAGACUGAUGAGAAUGAAUGAGCACAAUAUUUCGUCUCUAUAUAAGCAUCCUGACAUGACUACAUAUUUUUAUUUCAUGAUUGGUAGAGAUGCUGCAGUUCCACGUUUGGCCACACAGUGGCAUGAUUCACACAGUUCAUGUAGCUUGUUAGGUUCAUUUCACUAGUAUUCCCCAAAAUUCUUUCAUUUAUUUCCUAUUACCAACUACAUACUCCGUAGCGUUGUACAGAGUUUAUCACCCCCAACAUUAUAUGUAAGUGAUACAGAAAAUAAUUAGAAUUAGGUCAGGUUCAUACUUGGCCUAUGUAUACCAUGGUGUAACUGAGCCGUACGCAUCCAAUUCAGUGGACCAAACGUAGUUUAAUACUAUGUUCGGUCUAUUUCUACAUAUAUAUUGUACCUUUGCAUGACUACAAAAGACAGUAAACAGUGUAAAACAGACCAAACAUAGUAACUUGUUGACUGCAGAACUAAUAAACUGACUGUAAAUAUCAAUUAUUGCAGAUUUAUAUUAUUUGUAAUUUUGUUAUAUCCUGAUAUAACCAGUAUAACCAACGGAAAUAAUCAGUUUUUUGCCUGUAAACCUUCUAUCGUCUGUGUAUUGUUUGUUAUUAUGAAAUAAAAUGAUCAGCACA